CUCGUCACACCCUCCUUACAAUGUUAAAAACCCACUUUCUCUCUCUACAUCCCUGUCCCUGUCUCUAUCUCUCUCCUAUAUAUAUAUAUAUAUAUUUGUGUGUGUGCGCAUGUAUAUGUGUAUAUAUAUGGAAAUUAAUGUGAGAAUGCGCUAAAAGGGUGGAAAAGGGGAUCAAAAGGAGGGUGAAUGGCGAAAAUGAAAAGCUCAACAUCCACUACCGCAAGAACUAGUCUAGCUUUGAAAGCUUAUUAUGAUAUUUACAUGAGUUUGGUGGUGGUGGUGUUUGUGGUUGCGGCGGCGGUUCUCGGAACGACGUCGUCGGCGAGGGCGGAGAGGCAGAGCAACGCCUACGCGACGAUGAUGUACAUGGGGACACCCAGGGACUACGAGUUUUACGUGGCGACACGUGUCAUGCUGAGAUCGCUCGCCAGCCUCCACGCGGACGCCGAUCUCGUCGUUAUUGCCUCUCUCGAUGUCCCUCUCCGCUGGAUUCAUGCUCUGGAGCAGGAAGAUGGAGCGAAGGUGGUAAGAGUGGAAAAUCUGAAUAAUCCAUACAAGAAUCAGGACAAUUUUGAUUGGAGAUUUAUGCUUAGUAUGAACAAGAUUUAUGCGUGGAGCCUUGUGGAAUACGACAGAGUCGUCAUGCUCGAUUCUGACAACCUUUUCCUUCAAAACACCGAUGAGUUGUUCCACUGUGGACAAUUCUGCGCAGUCUUCAUUAAUCCUUGCAUUUUCCAUACUGGCCUCUUUGUCUUGCAGCCAUCAAUGAAGGUGUUCAAAGACAUGGUUGAGGAGUUAGGAAAAGGGAGAGAGAAUCCGGACGGUGCAGAUCAGGGAUUCAUAGGCAGCUACUUUCCAGACUUAAUUGAUCAACCAAUGUUCCAUCCAAAUGCCACCAUUAAGCAGCUUAAUGGAACCUACAGACUUCCUCUUGGCUACCAAAUGGAUGCUUCUUAUUAUUAUCUUAAACUAAGGUGGAGUGUACCUUGUGGACCAAACAGCGUGAUUACAUUCCCAGGCGCACCCUGGUUGAAGCCCUGGUAUUGGUGGUCAUGGCCUGUUCUACCUUUAGGCAUUUCUUGGCAUGAACGACGUCGUCAAACUCUUGGGUAUGACGCAGAGAUGGUAGCGGUAAUGGUCCAAACGGUGAUGUAUGUGGGACUCAUAGCAACAAUGCGUCUAGCGCGGCCCAACUUAUCAAAACUAUGCUAUCGGCGCACAGAUAAGAGCAUUAACAUUAUACAAACCUCCCUCAAAUUACUAGCUUUAUGGUCCAUUGUUGCAGCUUACGUAGUGCCUUUCUUCAUCGUUCCUUGCACGCUUCAUCCAUUAUUAGGCUGGAGUCUCUACUUGCUCGGUUCAUUUGCUCUUUCCUUUGUAUCCGUCAACGCCUUUUUGCUACCAAUGCUUCCAGUUUUGACUCCUUGGGUUGGGAUAUUAGGGGCACUUUUGGUGAUGGCAUUUCCUUGGUAUCCAGACGGCAUUGUUAGAGCUGUUGCAGUGUUUGGCUAUGCAUUUUUCUGUGCACCAUUUAUAUGGGUGUCUGUUGUAAAACUCAUGAAUUGUCUUCAUGUUUCACUUGAAAGGGAAUCUCUUUUCCCAAGGCUGAGUGAGUCCUCUCCACCUUCUUCACAGUUUAACAAGCUAUAUUAAGGCCCAAAACCA